GCGGAACAGACCGCCGCGCAGAAGAAACAAACCACCCCACCGACCGUAGCCUCUCCGGGAGGUGGCGCUGCGGCGCACGGCGAGAAAAGCGACCAAACCCCUCGCAGUCUCAGAAAAAGCGUCCGAGAAAAGCAGAAGCCAGGCGAUCGAGUGAGGACCGAGGAGCCAAAAUCCAGAGCCUCCGCAUCGCACGGGAGCCGAGGCCGAUCGAUGGCACGACGGAAGCCGCCGGCGCAGCAUGGAGCCCGGAGCGAGGACGGCCAGGCCCAGGCGACGGCGCCGCCGCUGAAGCGGGGGCCGUGGACGGCGGAGGAGGACGAGGUGCUGGCGCGGUUCGUGGCGCGGGAGGGGGAGGGGCGGUGGCGCACGCUGCCACGGCGGGCGGGCCUGCUGCGCUGCGGCAAGAGCUGCCGCCUGCGGUGGAUGAACUACCUCCGGCCGGACAUCAAGCGCGGCCCCAUCGCCGAGGACGAGGAGGACCUCAUCCUCCGCCUCCACCGCGUCCUCGGCAACCGGUGGUCGCUGAUCGCCGGGAGGCUGCCGGGGCGCACGGACAACGAGAUCAAGAACUACUGGAACUCGCACCUCAGCAAGAAGCUCAUCGCCCAGGGCCUCGACCCGCGGACGCACAUGCCGCUCGCCGCUGCUCCCGGCAGGGCGGCAGCUCCUACCGACAAGACGACGUGGGCGCCGACGGUCAGACCGCCGCAACCUCCGCCUCCGCCCCCGCCAGUGCCGCCGACCUCGUCUGCCGCUGGAACUGGAUGCGACGGCCGUGACAGCCCAGCCGGCGGAGGCAAUGACGACCUCGCCGCGGCGAUGAGCGUCGACGCCCAUGACUUCGAAGGUUUCGGUGAUCAGCUUCUCGCCGACUACGCUGCUUCCCGCGGAGUCUUCAACGACGUCAUGGGGAGUCCAAUGGUGGACGACGAUACCUUCAGCUCGUUCCUCGAUUCCUUGAUGAAUGAGCGCCAGUUGGCUGCUGAUCACAAGGGUGUGAUGAACGAUCAGGGCGGCGCUAUCUAGCUGAUGCAGAUUUACAAAUGCACUGUCAUCCUGAGCAGCGAAUAAGUUGAUUGAUGAUGAGCAGAUACAAACUGCGUACACAUGAAUUGCUUAAUGUGAUGAAGGGAUCUGGUGACGUUUGUUUGUGUGAUGAAAAUCAGUACUACGAGGAUGUAAUGUAUGGAUUGCACAGACAUAAGAUUUGUAGAUGGUGCGAAUUAAUCAAUGUGUUCACCUGCUA